AUGCCAGAAGCUUUCCUGCCAAGCAAGCUUUCCGAGCAUGCUAACUCGCUCCAAGAAGCGCCCAUUCCGCAGCACCCACUGCAGCCGCUGCGGAGAGUGGCGCAGCGCAGAAACCCGUGCCCAGGUCGGGGAAGCGGUCUGCGGGAGUCACAGGCCGAGGCACCCCCAGCCCGGAGCAUCGAGACCGCCCCGAGCAGCGCGGCGGAGCCGGUGAUCGUCUCCAGGUCAGAUGCCAGAGACGAGAAGCUGGCCCUGUACCUGGCCGAGGUGGAGAAGCAGGACAAGUACUUGCGGCAGAGGAAUAAGUACCGAUUCCACAUCAUUCCCGACGGCAACUGUCUCUACCGAGCUGUCAGCAAGACGGUGUAUGGGGACCAGAGCCUGCACCGGGAGCUGAGGGAGCAGACGGUGCACUAUAUCGCCGACCAUCUCGACCACUUCAGCCCCCUGAUUGAGGGCGACGUGGGGGAGUUUAUCAUCGCUGCUGCCCAAGACGGGGCAUGGGCUGGGUACCCGGAAUUGCUGGCCAUGGGGCAGAUGCUGAAUGUGAAUAUCCACUUAACUACUGGAGGGAGGCUGGAGAGCCCCACGGUGUCUACUAUGAUUCAUUAUUUGGGCCCAGAGGAUUCCCUGAGGCCUAGUAUUUGGCUCAGUUGGCUCAGUAACGGACACUAUGAUGCUGUGUUUGAUCACUCCUAUCCUAACCCAGAGUACGACAACUGGUGCAAACAAACUCAAGUGCAAAGGAAACGCGACGAAGAACUUGCCAAAUCUAUGGCCAUAUCCCUAUCCAAAAUGUAUAUUGAACAAAAUGCAUGCUCUUGAAAUGUCUCUAAACCUUACACCCUGGGAAUAAUUGCAUACAUAACUUGUGUUUGGAGAAUCACAUGAACUGUAAUCAGGGUAAUAGCACUUUCAAACUUGCUAGUAGGUUUUAUUGUAGGUGUAAUGCCUUAAUCAUCUUUUUGAAUGUUUUCUCAGAGCUGAAGGUUGCUGGGCCACCUAAAUGAUGUUUCAUGAUAGCUUUGGGUGAUUUUAUUGCUAUUUAUAAUUUGCUGUAUAAAGUGAGCACUACUUAAUUUGCAAGCUGAUUUCUCACAGUGUAAAUUUGUUCAUUCCUGGUAGUCUAUUUUCUAUAAAAAUGUAUUUUUGCACAUUUUUAAAAACUGGUGUACCUUCAUCUAUGAUGUGUUCAGGCAUAAAUCCAGAGAAGUGCUUUAUAUGAAAUGUAUUAUUUUGAACAGAGUUUGUGAUUUGGUAGUUAUUUUAUGUUGUUGAAAUUUGAAUUUCACAAUUCUUAGAUAAUUAUUUCAAAUGCAUAUUGAAACAUUCUUGUUACCAGAUGUUUGGCCCAUUCCAUUUUGAUGAAACAGAGCUGUUGUUUUGGAAAUCAUUAUUUUUCUAGAAAUGGUGAAUCUUUUAAAGAAAAUUACUUAAUGGAAGGUUGUGGGAAGGUGUUUUUUUUCUUUUUCUUUUUUUUUUCCUGUUUUAAGGGAUAGUACCAGGUCUUACUUGAAUGAAAGUCUGAUAUUUGCUGAUGGCAGAAUGAUUAUUCUGUACCCUGGUUGAUGUGUAGAGUAGAAGAUCGUCUGGUGCUCUCAGUUGUUUUUAUUGACAUUUGUUAUUUUGCUUUAAAGAGAAUGUUAACAUGGUAUAAAACUCUGUGACAAGAUAAGCCUCCUGCUUUAACUUCUUGGGUCCAACUAAGAGAUUUAUAAACUAAUGGCAUAAGUGUCUGGAGCCACCCUUGGCAGUUACAGCAGGAGAACACUGUCUUAAUAUUUCUUUUACAUUCUUUCAGAAGGUGAAAUAGGAUUGCCCUGUAUUAAUGUAGAAAUGUCUGUAAACAGAGCUUGUAUGGUUUGCUGGGUCAAACAAUGUUUCCAACUUAAAAUCUAUCUCAUUGCCACUUUAACUACUUUUAGUCAUAUUUAUUAAGUAAUGCAGUUUGUACUUUUUUUAUUUUGUAACAUUUUGUGAUUUUUUUGUACAAAACUGUAUUUGUACAAUAGAGCAAUUCCCAGCUGAUGGAAUGAAUGAAUAAAAUGCAAAAUUAUACUUUUACAAUGCUUUUUGGAUAGAGUGGUUUUUAAAUUGUAGUGUUUGUAGGAAACUUUCUUACACGUAUGCAUGUAAAGAUGCAUUUUUUUUUUUCUGUAAAGAUGCCACAGCAAUAGGUUUCCUAAAUUCUCACAUGAAGAAGAGAGGCUAAUCAUGAGUAAUUUCAAAGGAUAAGUCUGAAUAAAAUAUAAUUUAAAGGUGGAG